GCUGUCGCAAUUACCACCGCACUGCCCGGCGCCUUCCUCAUCUUUGUCAGACAUCAUCCCGGCUCCUGGGCUGCAAGACACCAGACAAAGAUUGCAAACGCAUUGCAUGUAUUUGCAGUCGUCACCGCUGCAGGACAGAAAAUCUCGAUCCAGGACUUGUUGGUCACAGCCUUAGUCAUGGUCUCGUUUGAGGCAUUGCAACGAACAUUGUACCAUGAUUCGGGGCAAUCUUCGUCAGCGGCUGAAACCCUGCUGUCACACACCGUAGCCGACUCGGAUAUCGCGGUUCCUUCCAAGCCCCGUAACGCAACCGAUAAAGAUGCCCAGGUAGACGGCGACCCGAGUCCUCCACUUGGCGAGAGAGAGGACGAGAUCGCGCGACUCCAGAAGACGCUCACCGAAGCCAAGACGACCCAGAAAGUCCAGGACCACGAUCUCAGGCGCACUCAAUCAGAGCUGCACAAUGCCCGCGAGACGCUCGACGAGACGUUCGCAGAGUACACCAGCCUGCGGGAUGAGAUGAAGACGAUGAAGCAAACCCUGGGCCGAGAUCACCAGGCCGUCAUCUAUCGCAAGGACAUUGAACUGUUUGCGCUGCGGAAGGCGAACGAACAGAAGGAGAAUUAUAUGAAGGAGCGCGAUUCGAAGCUGGAGGAAAUCUACAGGCAGCAAAAGGCCGCGCUGGAGCUCAAGGAUGCUCAAUUACGGAACCUGAAGGAGAGAAUCGCGUUUCUCGAGCGGCAAGCAAGCCCACAGCCCAACGGGGAAAUAAAGGUCGACUCCGCUGUUGAAGGUGAUGAGCAAGCCGCAGUACAAGUCAGACUGCUGCGCGUCAAAGGCAGGAGUUCUCUCGAAGUGGAGAGCGCGAUUCAAGAGAAGGAGGUAGAGAUCGCGAAGCUGAAGCUUGACCUUGCAAGUGCCGUCACCGCUGCCGAUGGUUUGGAAAAGACCCAAGACGAAUUGCGGAGGGCGUGGGAUGCCACGUACGAAGUCCAGUGCGCUCUAAACGAAGAGCGGAAACAGCAUGCCCAGACGCAGACUAAACUCCAAGAAGCUGCCAUCAGGCUGGACGAGUUCAAAAUGGGCAGCGCGAAGAACUCGCCGACGACCCGGCUACCCACCAUCGAGGAGCAAGACAAGAAGGAACUGGAGGCUAUGUUCAACACAGCACAGCAGGACAAUCUGCGCCUCUACUCAGACGUCGAAGCAUUGGAUAAGCGCGUCCGUGAAGCUAACGCGCGAGUCUUCACAGCGGAACAAGAGGCAGAGGCGUUGAGGGAGCAGCUGAGGCUUGAGAAGGCCAUCAAUGAUGAUAUGGGGACGGCUAGGCCCAGCAUCGUGCAUCGUGUGCAUUUCCAGAGGAUGGAGGGCCAGCUGAAGGAGAGUCGAGACGCGCUGGGAGCGAAGGAGGAGGAGAUCGAGCAGCUAAAGAAGAGCUCCGCCGAGAAAGACAGCCAUGUUGAAGGCUUGAAGAAAGACAACGACGCCGCCGCAACGACGCAAACCCAGCUUCAGGAGGAAAACGCGCGGCUUAAGCAGUCCAUCGCUCAGCUGGAGGUCACCAAAGAGCAGCUCAUGCUCGACCACGAACGCCUCGCACAGCACCGCGCGCGCCAGAGAAAUUCUUCCGCCGAACAACACCAUUCCGCGCGGUCGAGCGGCGCAACCCUCAUCACCGAGCCCAUUACUAUCACAAACAUGGAGGAGCCCAUGCCCGCGCGACCACUCUCCAUCGACCCCACAGAGUCCAGCAUCCGGGGCACGCCCGAGCGCCAUCUCCGCAGCGACAACACGAACCGCUUUAGUCUCAUCUCGAACGACGUCCCGCCGGCUGAGCUCCGCAGCUCGCGCAGGAAGAGCCUUACGCUCAAGGGGCUGAUGCGCAAGAUUACGCGGAGGGACGAUGAUGCCGACGAGGGCAAGAGCGCGAAAUCAGAGAGCAAAGAACGGGAGAAGGAAAAGGACAAGGAGCGACCGAAGACCGCUGCAUUAGCGCCCAAGGAUAAAAACGCGCUGAUGCGGCCGAAGACCGCUGCG